UAGAUACGCGUGCGUUGCGUUUCUUCUCAACUUAUGAUGCACAUGCACCUCGUUCUAUUGACGUGAGAGUAAACGUGAGAAUGGAAUGUAAACAUAGGAUUGUGGUGAGAUGGAGCGGGAAGGAAUACGAUAUCCUAGAUCUUCAGGAAGAGGAUACUGUUCUUACGCUGAAAGAAUACAUAUACAAGGAGACUGGUGUUCGUCCUGAGCGUCAGAGGCUGUUGAAUCUUAAAUCUAAAGGUAAAGCAGCGCAGGACGAUGACAUUAUUGGCAAAUUAGACCUGAAACCUGGUUACAAGCUAAUGCUGAUGGGCUCACGCGAGGAAGAUAUUGCAGAAGCUAGUCAAGCACCAGAGAAUGUACCUGAUGUGAUUAACGAUCUAGACAUAGAAGAGGAGGAGGUGGAGAUCGAAAAGGCUGAGGUGAAUCUGCGUAAAAUCCAGAUACGAAUCGAUCGCUACAUGAUCACAGAGCUGAAUCCACUGAGGGAAGGUAAGAAGUUGCUCGUGCUGGACAUAGACUACACUCUAUUCGACCACAAGUCAGUGGCAGAAAGUGGAGCGGAACUGAUGCGCCCGUACCUCCAUGAGUUUCUAACGCGCGCCUACAAAAAUUACGACAUCGUCAUCUGGUCGGCGACCAGCAUGAGGUGGAUCAACGAGAAAAUGAAGCUGUUAGGUGUCUCGAAUCAUCCAAACUACAAGAUAGCCUUUCACCUGGACGUCCUCGCCAUGAUCAGCGUGCACUCGCCGAAGUACGGUCUUGUCGGGGUGAAGCCCCUGGGUAUUAUCUGGGGCAAGUACAAGCAAUAUUCCGCGAAAAACACGAUAAUGUUCGACGACAUCAGGAGAAACUUCAUCAUGAAUCCGCAGUCGGGACUGAGAAUAAGACCUUUCAAGCACGCUCACACCACCAGAGUCAAAGACGUUGAGCUGGUGAAAUUGUCGAAAUACUUGGAAUUGAUAGCCAAGGUGGACGACUUUCAAACUCUCAAUCAUAGGAAGUGGGAAGAGUACAAGGCCAAGAAGAGCGACACUAACGACGACGAGCAAAAGACCGUGUAAUAAAAUUGUCACGGCCCAUUGAUGAAACUCGUCCCUCUUCCUGGGAUCUUGUGACGAGAGCAGCAAUAAAUAUCGUCGAUCGACGAGAAAAACACGGCGAUUUAAAGACUGUACAUAACGAAAAGAUGCAUUCGUUGGCUACUUCAAAACUGUAGGCGAAAAAACAAAGCUACAAGACUGUCGCGCAUCCUGAGGAUAAGGAGAAACUAGAUUAACUCAAUCGACCAGCCUGUUAUCGCAGGAAGAUUUUCAGAUUGCAAAUGAGAAGGGAAAUAGAUUACAAUGCACGACGUUGACUCACUGAUAACACGCGAAUAUUUUCACAUGCCUCUUUGUAUUUGUGUAUUAUUUAUCGGUUGUAUUAUAUACUGCGUAUGUGUAAGAGUCGUUUAAAAUGCGCGCAUGAUGUUACACGAUAUAAUCAAGUACUAUAUGAAUACAAUAUUACAAGCCAAGUAAGCCUGGGUGUUCAGCGUCAUGCGCGCAAAAAGUUCCCCGCAUGUUACUCUCUGUAUGUGCAUGUCUCGCAAAUACGGUUGUGUGUAGGCAGUGUACGGCUGUCUCACGCGACACGACACAGAAACAAUUCAAUUCUUUACACCUACGUGCUCGCACUAUGCGGGUUUCAUGCGGCAUAUUCCAGCCAUUAAAAUGUAAUAUGCUCUCUGCACUGAUCAUGUGAAAGACGCGGCGUUUAGCUAUCUUAUGCAUUAGACGCUAGCAUCGGCGGACUUAGUUGGUCCAGAAAGAAUUUGUAAACUUUUUAACAUGAAAUAAUGCUUCUUGAAUUUUUCGGAGAAAUUUUAGGCAUGUAUCUCGAAUGGAAAAAAUGUAAAAUUGUAUAUGUGAAGAAUGUACCCUCACCCACAUGGUGAUUGUAAUAAAAGUUCACUUAUUCGGAAAUAUUA